GGCGAGGCUAUAAAAGGCGCAGAGCGGGUACUUGACCUUAGUGUGCGCAGAGAUGGGAAGUGCAGCGUGGAUAUUUGUGCUGGCUGCGGUGCUGGCGCUGGGGGUUGCGGGGGAGAAGCCGGAGGACUUGACCUCCAAGGAGACGCCGCCGGAGGACGCCGAGGCCCGCGUCAAGCGCCAGGGCGGAGGCAUCGGCAACAACUUCAUCCUCCCAACGGUCAACAACUUUCGGAACCGGGCUGGCACCCGCAGCUUCGGCGGCUCGAGUGCCAACCAGUUCCUCAACCGCCCCGUGCAGGUGGGGGGAGGUCGCGCCUCCUUCUCUCGAAACGCGUCUCCGUCGAGCGGCUUCUCGGUCCUUAACAACGACCCCUUAGGGCUGUUUAACAGGCAGUCGAGCUUCCAGCCUUCGUCGGCGGCGUCCGUCCAGAGGUUCCAGGGGGGGCAGGUCUCGUCCACGACCUUCCCGCCCUCGUUCCAGAGAACAGCUUUUCUAAGUUCUUCUAGUAGGUACUCGGAGCCCCCAGCGCUUCAUUCGCCCUCGGUUCACUCUUCCAGGUCCUCGUGCGGUUCUCCGGCUAGACAAGACCACAAAGAUCCGUCUGCCGCUUGGUGGGACAGAUUUGGGGCGGCUUUCUCCUCAAUCAGACGGACUGCGCAGCAUCUAGCAGGUGGUGCCCGCUAG